UUGGACCUGCUGGCUCUAGGUGCCAGGGAAGAGGAGGAGCGGCUGUGACAGUGGUAGAGGUGGCUCUGAUCCAUUGAGGGAUAACCCAGCACAAAGCACAGAGCAGGCUGCCAUGGAUGGGGCCCCGCCGCCCCCCAGCCCCAGCGGGCUCUCGGCGUACGUGGCCGUGUCGCAGCUGCUGGGCCUGACACUCCUGGGCACCACAGGUGCCUGGCUGGGCCGCUACAGGGGCGGCGUGGCCUGGCACAGCCCCCUGCAGUUCAACGCCCACCCGCUCUGCAUGGUGCUGGGCAUGGUGUUCCUCCAAGGUGACGCUCUCCUGGUGUACCGGGUGUUCAGGCAUGAAGCCAAGCGCUCCACCAAGGCACUGCACGUGUUGCUCCACGGCCUGGCCCUGGUCAUCGCCCUGGUGGGCAUCAUCGCUGUCUUCGAGUCCCACCGGGCUAAGGGCAUCCCUGACAUGUACAGCCUGCACUCCUGGUGUGGGAUGGCCACCUUUGUGCUCUACCUCCUGCAGUGGUUCCUGGGCUGUGGUUUCUUUCUCUUCCCCGGUGCCUCCUUCUCUCUGAGAGGGUGGUACAAGCCCCAGCACAUCUUCUUUGGCAUCACCCUCUUCAUCCUCUCCAUCACCUCCUGCUUGCUGGGCAUUACUGAGAUGCUCCUAUUCAACAUCAGUGAUUCCUACAGCCACUUUGUGCCUGAGGGCAUCCUGGCCAACACCCUGGGGGUGCUGCUGGUGGCCUUUGGGCUGGUGGUGGGCUACGUGCUGACACGGGAGGAGUGGAAGCGCCCACCACUGGCAGAGGAGCUGGCCCUGUCCAUGGACUUCAAGACCCUGACAGAGGGAGAGAGUCCUGGUGGUGGCAGCCAGUGACAUCUGCAGCUCCUGGUCUCCAGCAUGGGCUCCUUGUGAUGUC